CUUUCAUCCACAGUCAAUGAGGACCACAGCCAGUGUGAAGAGGAAGAGCAUUCGGAGCAAAACAAAUCCCAUCAGGAUCCCAAUACCGGAGUGACGUGGCUCACCUUUUACGCCACUCGACCCAGAAACUGAAGAGUAAUUGUAGGUUAAUGAACAGCUGAAUGAUGUGCCCCUCUGGACCACCUGUGUGAGCAUUACAGUCGAGGCGGGAGAUGGCCAGAGCUUGUCCCAGGAGAUGGGUGACGUACUCACUCAGGUAGGGCCUGAUUUUCCUGAUGUUGUACAGUGCAAAGCAGCACAACCGGGAGGCAGAGGCUUCAUGCUCAGAGAAGUGUGAAAUGAUUUAAGAUGUCAGACAAGGAGAGUCACACAGACCCUGGGGCUGAGGGUGUCCAGGAGCAGCCAUCUCCCAGCCCCACAGAGAGCCCCACAGAGAGCCCCACAGAGAGCCCCACAGAGAGCCCCACAGAGAGCCCCACAGAGAGACCCACAGAGAGACCCACAGAGAGACCCACAGAGAGACCCACAGAUGCUCCUGGCGAGAUGUCCUCCGACGUCGCCCCGACACGCAAGACACGGAGACGGCCAGAACACAAAGCAGCGGCCCCUUCAGACGUUCCUAAUCCACCGGAGGAGGCAGACACUAAAACAGAACAGCAGAAGGCUUCCAGUGACACUGCCGUGAUGGAGGGUGGAUGGGGGUACUGGGGCAGCUGGGGGAAGUCACUGUUGUCCACGGCAACGGCCACUGUGGCAACCGUAGGUCAGGGUAUCUCCCAGGUGAUUGAGAAGGCAGAGACCACGCUCGGGAUCCCCAGCCCAGAGGAACUCUCUGCACAGGCUCCGGAGGAGGACAGCACGGAAGCAGGGGGCACUGCUGAGGCUGAGGAUGAGGGUGACACGGCGAUGGGAGGAGCCCUGGGGAUGCUGUCAUCCCUCACCAGCGUGAUGCAGAGCACAGGUAAAACGGUCAUAACUGGUGGUUUGGACGCUCUGGAGUUCAUCGGUAAGAAAACGAUGGACGUGAUCGCUGAGGGAGACCCAGGGUUCAAAAAGACCAAAGGCCUGAUGAUCAGAACGUCCACCCUCUCACAGGUUUUAAGAGAGGCCAAGGAGCGAGAGGAGCAGCAGACCGGCGAGGAGUUCUCCUCAGACGUGGAGAAGAAGGCCCACUACGGCAUGCUGUUUGAUGAGUUUCAGGGGCUGGCCCACCUGGAGGCGCUAGAGAGCUUGUCUAGGGAGAGCGAGAUCAAGGUGAGAUCCGUCUUGACCACCAUGUCUGGGGACGAGCUGGCCCAGCUGAAGGACGACCUGGCGGAGAUUAAAGAGCCUUUCUCCCUGGUGGAGUUUGAUGACGACGAUGACGACACUAAAGAGGACGAUGAUGGUGUGGACUUUGCCAAAGAGCUAACACAUGCCAUGAGUCGAUUGUGUUUAUCCACUACAGCAGACAAGCUCAGUCAGGCUAGAACAAAUGUGCACGAUCGCAUCGCUGAUAUUAAAUCCUCCACUGCAACGCCAGCGCAGGAAGAGGAUGGCACAGAGGAGAAGGCCAGAACACAGUACACUACAGAGGAUGUGCACUCCUCGGCCAUCAGAAGCUUAGCCGAGCUCACGGCCAAGUCUAUAGAGCAGUUCCACAAAGUGGCUCAGGUGGUCCUGCACAGUACCAGUGGCAGUGCUGAGGUCUCCACCAUGGACCAGGCCAAAGCGCUCGCUCAGAUCACGGUUCUGCUGUGUAAGGAGAUUUCUUUCCUCUCGAAGAGCUUCACUUCCUGUCUCACUACAGUUGGGUCAAAUGAGAAAGGGGAGAUCCUGAACCCACUGAUAACUGGAGUUUUCCUGGAGGCCUCCAACAGCGCCUCCUACAUCCAGGACGCCCUUCAGCUCCUCAUGCCAGUGCUGGAGCUGGCACACAUCCAGAAGACGGCCGACUCUGCCCAGUAGACGCCUCGCCCACCUUGCCACCUCACAGUGCCAAAGAGGGACUUCCUUCCCUUACCACAGCAGGGUCUGGGGGCCUGCUGCUCUGUGAGGGACACUGUUUCAGGGUCUGGAUGGUUUUUUUUUAGGAGGGAAACCAUAACAUCAUAAUUUAAAGGGGAUAGGGGCCUUCAUUUUCAAAGACCUUCAGAGUCAGUCCCAUUCCAAAUACUGGUUCUUUAAGCAACGUAUAUGAUUAUAUACAUAUAUCUUUUUUUUUAAUGUAUGCACAUGGUGUCAAUCAAAAGUUUGAGCAGACUCACUAGAGCCAAGGUUUAUACUGUCCUUUCCAGAGAUGUAUUAACAUAACAUAACAACCCAAUUAACUUUCAUGACCUUGUGACCAUGAAUGGAAAUAUUUUUAAUACAAUUUAAAGUGAAAAUGGAUAGUGGUUAGAUAUCGCAAAAAAACAAGUUUCUGUAAAAACUUAACUUACUGUAAAAAAACUACAGUGUUUGGCCUAAGAAUUCAACUGUCUUGGGUACGCUUUGCAAAGACCUGCAACUGAACUGAACUGCAUGAAACUGAAGCCUUUCAACACAUGGACAGCAAAAACUAUUUUCCAAAAUUAGUUCAUAAUUCAAAAAUAAGGACAUAUAUAUAUAUAUAUAUAUAUAUAUAAGUAUAUAAGUGGUAAAAUAAAGGAUGGUAUAUGCUCAAAUAUUUGCCUGAUGCUGAUGUUUACAUGUAAUAGUAUAUAAUUCUGCAGUUAGUCUUACUUCUGCCACCUCUGUUGUGUUUCAUAUAUGAUGCUUAACUGUGACCCAUGUACACAUAGUUAAGAUGUUUAAUUACACAGACAUGCCACCUCUGUUAUGUUUCAUACAGUAUAUGAUGCUUAACUGUGACCCAUGUACACAUACUGUAUUUAAGUUUAAUUACAGACAUGGUGCGGCCUCUUAUUCUGCAGAAAUGUGUUGGCUCUCAUUACAGUAAACAUGUCCCAAUGCCCUGGGUCUAAUUUAUGGAUACAUGUAGGUAUUUUUGGAAUAAACAUGCUUUCCUAAUUAA